AUGCUGAGUGGAGUGUUCAUAGACGAAGCCUUGGAGAUUAUCGUGGCAGCCGCUUUCCUACCGGAUUAUAACCCGACGACUGAAAUGAGUGACAGUGAUGCCUCUCCCCAUUCGGCGAUGGCUGGUUUCCUGCGCGCGCUUGAGCUGACAGCCAAUCACGACUGGACUAAUGAUGUCUUGUUCGUGGAGGGCAUGACCAAUGGGGUGGCCCAACCCACACUCACUGUAGCACAGCGACAGGAGGUACGUUUAGAGGGUUGGUAUAUUUUAUUCGUCAAGUAUAC